AUGGCUGGCGUUUUGCAAGGAAGCAGGACUGCCCCAGGCGAUGCCACUUCAAGGCCUGGUGUGCAGAGUGCCUUUGAGCUUUUGGGAAAGCAGGCCCCUUCGGCCGGCUCGGAAGCUCGCAUGGAGACUAGUGAUGCUAUCGUGAAAGCCCUGACUAUGGCAGUUUCUGGCGAAAAGAAAGCUAUGCCGUCGUGGUCCGGAAACGUUUCGACACUUCGUGCUUGGCUGAGGCAACUUUCCUUUUGGGAGAUUGACAACCAUGUCCCUCGACAACGUUGGGGAAUCAAGCUGUUCCAGGCUCUGAGCGAGGGCAGUGUUCCGCGACGUAUCGCAGAGGGAAUCGCUAUGGAAGUGAUCUUGUCUGAACGGGGCUACGGUGCCAUUCUCUCAGCGGUUUUGGAGAAAUUCAAGCCAUAUUUGGACGCUGCUGGCCCUGCGGCCAUAGACAUGUUCUUUUAUGGUGUCGAUCGCUCUAGGAAUGAAUCCUUCUCGAAUUACAUCGCGGCAAAAGAGCUCGCAAAACAAGAAAUCGAGAACUUGACGGGCGAGGCUCUUCCACCAAAGCUUGCUGGUCGGAUACUGUUGAAGCAUGCGAAUCUCAGCGAACAACAGCGCGAAACCAUAGCAAUCCGAUACAACGCGCUCCUGAGCUUCGAGGAGGUAGCGGCCGCCUUGAGGCCGUUAGACCGACCUGACGCACUGCUGAAGCCAAUGACCUCAUCAACGAUGGCUUCAGUUACCCUGGGAGGAAGCACUUAUUGGCAGACCGAGGACCAGGGCGAGGAGGAGCAGCCGAGCGCCGGUGUCGAGGAACCCUACCUUCCUGAAGAUUGGCAGCCUUACGAAGAGGACGAGGCCGAGCUCUUGGACGAGAACGGCGAACCGCUCUUGUACUUCGAGGCAGAUCGUGAGUAUGACGAGGACGAAGCUGUGUAUAUUUGGGCGUUCAAUGACGCCUACAACCAACUGGCCCAGGAGUGGAACGUCGAGCCCAACACCAGUAGUGCCUUUCCUGCCUACCAGGACGUGCGCCGAGAACUUCAAGCUAGGCGAAAGGGCAGGCAGUUUUUCCGUCCGGAUGCAAAAGGACGGGGGAAAGGCAAAGGCCGUGGUUUUGGCAAGCAGGGCUCGAAGUCCAAGGGUGACAAAGGCCGCGGAAAAGGCAGCCAAAGAAAGGGGUCCAUGAAGGGCUCGGCUGAUGACUUGCUGGCCCGCACGAGAUGUUAUUCAUGCGGGGAGUUGGGCCACUUCAGUCGAGAUUGCCCCACACCUGCUGCCGCCACCCCUGCUCAGCCGAGUCGCACAAGCUUUGUUGUGAGCCAAGGUCCCAAUCCCAGCAAUUACAGCAGGUCCUUCAUGACGUCAGGCACUGCGAAGACGAUUGCAGUGUAUGCGGGCAUUAGGACCGCAUCCGGUGAGGGCCUCGUGGACAGUGCCGCCGAGGAUGCUGUGAUUGGGAGUGGUGCUUUUCAGCGACUACAGACCGCUUUGGCGCAGCAAGGUUUACAACCUCAACCAGUUCGAGGUCCUUCGGGAGCUUGUGCGGGCAUUGGCGGUUCAGCUACGGUGGCUCGGGUUUGGGACGUUCCGGUCGGCAUUGUGAAGAACAACGGACUUCUUCGCAUUACCGAAGUGGAGGACCGAGAUGGUUUCGAGACACCGUUCCUCAUCCCGGUCUCCUUUCAGGAGCUGGUCGGCAUGGUCAUUGACUACGACGCUGCCGAGGUCAGGACUCGUCAAGGCAAUUCCUCGCCAAUGCAUCGGCUACCCUCAGGCCAUCGUGCAGUGUCUGUGGUCGAGUUCGACGGAAAAUGGUCGCUGCCCAAGGAACUGAUGGUCAAUGGCCGCGACCCCUUUCAGCUACCUCGUCCUUUGAAGCCUCAGACCCGCAGUGCUCCACUGGGUCAGACCAAGGGGGUUGCUGUUUGGCUUCGCUAUUCGGAUGGGACGUUUGAGCAAUGUGCGUGGCUGGAGGGUCCGAGGAAAAGUCUUGUGGUGCCUUCGGAGUGUUUUCCCUUGUCAAUUACCAACCAGUUGGACUCUAGCCGGGUGACCUAUCUUGAUGCUGCCCCAGACACUAACCCGUAUAUCAUCAACGAUGUCUGGUGUCAUACCUUAGGUCCACGUGAGCUGGAGUCUGCAUGGACAGGAUCGGUGAUUUUUCAGCAGAAUUCCUCGGCUUCGGCUCCUUCUGCUCCUUCUUUGCGCCAGGCGUCUCUGCCUAUCGCGGCUGGCAACGACAAGGACCAGGUGCGCCCUCCAGUGUUUGACAUGUCGGAUGCCGCUGAUCAAGCCCAGACCUCCACAGUCGAGCAUGAUCUUGAGGGCCAGCUACCGCUCGUGUUUCCAAUCAUGCAGCAGCGCAUCCGUUCGCUUGUGCACGGAGAAGGAGAGCGGUUCCAACCAGAGACCUCAACGAGACGACGCGGAUCAGCAUGGUGCGAGAAAAUGUGGGGACGGUUGGUCUUGAUCAUGGUCCGGAUGAUCGCUACUGUUCGCCAGCAGCUGGUGGUGGACAGUCUGCUCUUGGACGCCUGCGAAGCUUCGGAUGCGGCUUCUUCUUCUAUGACGGUACCAAAAGCGAAGGCCAAGGCGGGAACCAAGAAGCAGACAUUGGUGCGACAAGGACUGGGGGCCCAGCUUUCUCGAAGCCAAGCCCAGACCAAGUGGACAUUGGAACCAGAGCACUGCCGACACGAGGAGCAGGACUUGCGAAUGCGAGGGAACCAAGCAAAACAUUGGUGGGCUUGUCUCAAGUGUGGCAGCAGGUGGGAGAGGCUGGAGUCCGAGACGGUGCCGGGGACUCGACCUCCACCCACGGUGACUCGGCCGUCCUUUCGAUCAACGAACCCGCCGAGCAUGCUGCCGCCUCCCAAGUCGCAUCCGAACCUGGCAAGCCUGACUCUCGAACAAGCUCGAGCUCCUCUCCCGAGAAGGACAUCCGCGCCGGAGCCACCGAUUACCCGAUCAGGGAGAGCAACAACAAGGAUGAAGAACGUGGACUCCUACCAGAACCUCCUAAAGUCCGUGACGACUCAGGAGAAGCACGAGGAGAUGAGCCAGAUGGAUCCCGAUUACCAGUUUGCGCCGGUGGAAAGGAGCCAAGGAAGCAUGUCAGCUUCGGACCUCAAUCUGGCGGUGGCGAUCUCGGAAGGUCGCACUCGCACGCUGGACAAGGUAGAUGUGAAAGCCUUGCAAGCUCAGCGUCACCGACCGCAAGAGUGGGCGGACUACGAGCCGACCCAAGGAUCCAUGCAGCCGGACGAGGCAAGUCGCCGCUCAAGGAGCCUUCCGGCAGGAGUGCACCCCAUUCAAGAUCCCAGCCGUCGCCGGCAAUCGGGCCUAACUCCACGAGGUCCGGAGGUCUUCGCGAUCCACGAGAAUCCGAGCGAGGACGACCGGGACAAGGACAUGACCCCGGGAUCGUUCAGCAUGGUGACGCUGGACAACGACGAGCUGUGUUAUGGCAUAGCCUGUGGCCUCGCUGUCUUGCUUUCUUCUUUUGGGACUACACCGCCGAUGGCAUCCUCGGCAACUUCGAGUCUGCCUUUUCGUCGGCUGGAGGCUGGCUAUGUACAAGGCGGCGGUGAUGUAGAGUCCUACAAUUUUGUCCUUUUUCAGAUGCCAGAUGAGACCUUCGAGUACGAGAUAUCUGGCUCUUUGGGCAGGCCGUGCACUUUGCCGAAGCCUGCGAGGAAUUUUGUCAUCGAAAGUUUGGACUCACUGGUGGGAACAGCAAAGGCACCGGAAACAACUGGAGCCCCUACUACGACUGAUCACAUGAUGCAGCAGGCCCAGAACAACAGCCCCAAUGGAACCGAUGCCUCUUCAACUACCGCAACUACAGUGUUCCCACAGAAGACCUCAGAAUCCAAACGACCUCAUCAACCACAACCAGGUGCAUUGAGUCGCAGAAGUGCCUUCAGGAUCCAACAGAAGAACUUCGAAUCCAGACAACCACAUCAACCACAACCUGGCGCUGUGCUGAGAGAACGCCAUAGAGUUCUAUCCACGGCGGUGUCCGAAGCGGCACCAAGUCGUCUCUUGGAUGGGAUCAGCGAAGGUCAAGGCCAUUUCGGCACCCGUGUCAUCAGCUUUCUGUAUGCAUGGUCCUUUUACCACGGUUCUGAGCGAGCCCGCGUCCUGAAGACCAUUGCUGACUGGCGCCCGGCAUUCAUUGCAGGCCGCAUCGAGAGUUCUACCAGACAGACGUUGAUGGCGGCGGCUCAGCAGCAGGACACCCAGGGUGGCCUUUUCUGUCUUCUAUGUGACCGUCGGGCUGCGAGGAGCAUACAACAACAGCUGUCGUGCUCUUCACUGGUAGAGCUAGCAGCGGGAAAUUUCCGGACUGCCAUUGUCGUCAACGACAAAACACUUUUCCGCAUCUUCGAUGGACUUCAGUGGUCCAAGCAAGCGUGGCCCGACACGGCUGAUUUGGAGGCCUUGGACUCUACGGUGAUGGCCUUUCUUCACAUGUUGUGUCAUCCACGCAGCUUUGAUGCCUCCGACCAUGCGAAUAUCCAGGUGGUCCGCCGUUUGGUUGCGCAGGUUCGGAACUCCUUCGAGGGCCUCCUCACGGCCUCCCGCACCUUCUUGGCCUUUGAACAUUCUCAGCAAAUUGGUUCUGCUCCUUCUUUUCGGGGGUGUGGGAUUUCGUCAGCGACUUCGGCCACUUCGUCAUUGACUUCCUGGCCAAAAUCGAGGUUCCAGAACCAAUUCUGCAGAGCCUUUCCAACGGCCAGAACGGAGGACGAGGCGCGACCAGCUGAUGAAGAGGAUGCCGUGGAAGCCGAUGAAGCCUUGGAGGAGGUGCGGCGAAACUUGCGGCCAGUCACGGAAUCCACCAAGGUAGCAGAAGCCUUGCGUCAAGUAGAUGAUUUUCGCAAGCACGACGAGUUCGGAAAGUUCUCUUUGCAUCCUCAUUUGCGUAGAGAGCUGUUCAAGGUGCAUCGGAACCUGAAUCACCCUGCCAAAGAUGUGUUCCUUCGAGCAUUGAGUCACGCGGGUGUAAGGGAUGAUGUGCUACAGUGGGUUCGCGAGUACUUCUCGUGUCCACUGUGUGAAGCCUCUCGCAAACCUCUUCCUGCGAGACCCGCCCACCUGGCAAAGACGCUGAGCUUCAAUGCCAUUAUGGCGGUCGACCUGUUCUAUAUGAACCUGUUCGGCUCGGAGAAAAUCUUCCUCGUUUGCGUCGAUCAUGGCACGGGGUAUGUUCAGGUGGCUAGGUGUCGAGAUGCCAAGGCCGCUACGGUCCGCCAGGAGCUGUGCCGGACGUGGAUACAACCUUUUGGAGUCCCCGAGCUCAUCCUAUGUGACCAAGGACCGGAGUUCAUGGGAUCCCAGUUCCAGGAGCACAUGUCUCAGCUCGGGGCGGCGAUCCACUACACUGACGGCGCCAGCCCGUGGCAGAACGGGAAGGCGGAACGCACUGUCCAAACAUUGAAGGGCAAGAUUCUCCUGACCAUCAAGGACAUUUCGGCCCACGAGGAGGAGUUGGACAUGGUGCUUGCUCAUGUGGUGUCCGCCUAUAACUCCAUGUAUGACCGGCACGGGUUCACGCCAGAUCAAAGAGUUUUCGGGCGAUCGAUUCGAAUGCCCGCAUCCUUACUGGCUGAUGAUAGACUAAAUCAGGAGUUGUUGAUGGGAUCAGCAGGAGAUGCCGUUCAACGAACUUGGGACAUUCGCUCAGCUGCUCGCCAGGCCUGGUUGAAGAAAGACGACACUGCAGCUGUGCACCGAGCCAAGCGAGUACAAACCCGUGGCACGGACGUUCACUCAUACAAGCUCCAUCCGGGCCAAUGGGUGUACAUCUGGAGACGUUCCGACAGUCGGCAUGGUUGGACAGGACCGGGAUCCUUAAUUGCCCAGGUCCCAGGGGGCACCUCAUGGUGGGUGAAUGUUAGAGGACGCCUCUGGAAGGCUUCAGCUGAACAGAUCCGUCCAGCGGCCGACGAAGAGGAUUUAGGCGCCUCCCUGAUGCUCGAUUUGCAUAAGGAUUUGGUGAAGCAGCUACGAGAUGGUCGGCAGGUUUCCUUCCAGGACAUCACGGACGAGGGCGGCCCCACUGCCGCCGAUGACGAGGACCUGGAGGCGUACACCAUCGCUCGGAGGGACUACUACAGCGGGAGAAGAACCCUCAGACUCCCAGAGGCUACUGAGGAAACCCCAGACGACCGCAGAUCGGUUCGAGUCGAUGAGGCAACAUCCGGGACUAUGUGGUUUGGGCCUCAUCCACCGGGUCGUGACGGAUCAGCGCGAUCGCAGCCCUACUUCGAGAAGCACUUGGAGGGCGGCCCCUCAAACUACCUGAACGUGAUGGACUUUGAUGCAGCGUCGGAUGCAACUUCCAAUAACUUCUGGACCGUGGGAGGACCACAAUGGUCCACACAGCUCACCAGCGGCCGCUCAAUUCUCAAGCCACUCAGCCCAAAGACCUACUUCCAGGUUGAUGCUGCCGAGGCGAGUUAUAGUGUGAAGGACCGCUGCAUGUAUGUGGGCAAGGCGAAGUCCUCUUUUGGUCAAGUUGAGUUCGCCAAGCUUCAAGGUCCGGAGAAGGAACUGUUCCGAAAGUCUCGAGCUAAGGAGUUCCAGUCCUUAUUGGACAACAAGGCCGUCCGAGUGCUCAGUGUCAAGGAGUCGGAGGAAUUCCGCCGACUGCAUCCUGAAGCGAUCCUCGAGUCGCGAUUUGUGGACCGCUUCAAGCCUGCUGGGAUAAGCCCUCAAGAGUUGGAUCAGGCUCGGAAGGCAGCUACAGAAGGUGGUGAUCUGCAACCUCUUGAACUUUCGGAGGACCACACAAGUCCAAAGAGCCGCUGGUGCGUCAUCGGAUGGAAGGACCCAUUUAUCCAUCAGAUCGAACGCUCAGCUCCUACCCCGUCUUCGGCAAGCUUGAACGUGGUGCUCCAGCUGAUCGCCUCUCGACGCUGGUCUGGUUAUCUUCGUGACGUAAAGACAGCGUUUCUUCAAAGCAAACCGACUGACCGACGGGUACCUCUUGCCUGCACUCAGCCUCGUGACGAAGGAUUGCCCGGAUUGGAUCCCAGGCAAUUACCACUUCUUCUCACAGAAGUGUAUGGGUUGGUCUCUGGCCCUGCGUGGUGGCGAACCUCAUUUUUGCAGAAGGUCUACAAACAUGGUUUUCGCCUAUGCCCGUAUGAGCCAUGCAUUUUGACGCUGCCCGGAGAGAAGCCUGGCGAUCCCACGGCUGGGGUGUUGGUCAUCGAAGUCGACGACCUGGUCGAGGCCGGGAACUCCCAACACAGGGGCAAGAUGAAAGCCCUGGAGGGAGAGAUCACUUUCGGCAAGGUGGUGAAUCUUCUGGAGGCCACCGAGCAGGAGAGUACUUAUGCAGGCCGAACACUGAGGCAGCUCCAGGACCACUCCUUUGAAAUCCACAUGGAGGAGUACAUUUACACGAGACUGUCGCCCAUCACCUUGGCAAAGAAGACUCUCAAGAAAGACGCUGGCCAGGUUCCGUUAGAUCCCACGGAAACCACCCAGUUCCGUGGGGUGAUAGCGGCCCUAUCAUGGGUCUCGCGUGAAUGCCGGCCUGAUGCAGCAUCUGCUGCAUCAAUCCUCGCAUCGAGUUUUCCAGAGCCCACGGCAGAGCACGCCAUGCAGGCCAAUGAGGUCAUAAAGCAGCUGAAGCAGUUCCCCAUCAGGCUCCAGAUCCAUAGCAUUGAGGAGUCCAAGGUGAGGAACAUUGUCAUCUCGGAUUCAGCUUUUGACACCAGUGGCAAAGAGAAGAGUCAGCAUGGAUUUUUCGUCGGGUUCACCAACGAUGAAAUGAACUUGGGAAAGUCCUCCCCCGUGAGUCUCACGAGAUGGUGCUCACGGAGGCUUCGACGGAAAGCCUCCUCUUCCAUGCUGUGUGAGGCUAUCGCCCUCUCUUCUGCCACUGAGGAGACUCUAGAGUUGCAAGGGAAGUCAUCAGUGAUUGCCACAGAAGCCCCUCUCUACCGUGAUCCUCGGAGUCUCGCAGUGCUGGAUGCCAAGUCCCUGUUCGACAGUCUUCUGAGUGAUCAGCCUAGCGACUGUGAACGCACUAACUUAGAGAUCGCUGUGAUUCGGGAAUCUCUUCAAGUGUGCCGAGCACGUGCGCGAUGGGUUCCACAUAACAAGAACCCAGCAGAUGCCUUGACAAAAUUCCUCGGGGCCCAUAUGGAGCCUUUGAUCAAGAUGCUCAAAACUCGCCGCUAUCAAAUCAGCGACGAGGAUGAAGUCCUGAAAGCAGGACGACAAGGUCUUCAAAGGCUGAAGCAGGGCCUCAGCUCUCUCGGAAACUCUUCCUUUUUCGGGGCUGUGAAGCAGUUAAUGCUUAGUUGGAACUGA